UUAGCUUUAUGCUAAAACAGAAGCUAUAUCUGCCAACAGUAUAUCUUGGCUAAUUGGUGUUAAAGCUGUUUCAGUACUGGGCCACAUGAACAUGUCCAAACGGGAUCCGUUUCCCUCCGCAAAGCUGGAGAAUGACUUCACCUUCAGCGGCUUCCGGCCUCAGCAGAGAAAAAUAAGUGAUAAACCAACUCACCUUGUCCAAACUGAAGAGCCCUGGAGUCGCCUUCAUGACAGAGCUACAAUUUCCAGCAGCCGGCGCAGUGUUAGACAUCAUGAGCAUCAGGCUCCAAAAGACAGCCUCGAUUUUCAUUUAAAGACCAUCUAUGAUCAGCACAAGGACUGCUUCAGGAGCAAGAACCAGGUUUUAUACCAGAAAGAGACCAUCCCUGAAGACCACCAAAACCCUGACAAGCAGGAUCCUGUCGUCAGUGAAUGGGAGGAAAACAUCAGAGUGUGGAUUGACCCACAGCGACGCUCUAUUUACAGCAUUAAGUAAAGGCCUUUUUGAUUUUGAGCUUCAGCUUCUUAAAGUAUCCAGUCAACAUGAAGCCUUCAACAUUACCUGUAACAUCAACAUCAGAGCCUGUUGAAUAAAAGGGUUCUUUAACUGCUUUUGUGUACGAC